CCACCACCUCCUUCUUCCUCCUCCUCCUCCUCCUCCUCCAGCUCUCUCAAGAGAAAACCAGUAUCUGCCGAAGCAAUUAAUCUAACGUCUGCAAGAUGGAGAACGUCCACAGGGAAGAAGAGGACGAAGAAGGCAAAGCCAGCGGCGGCGGCGGCGGCGGCAACAACAACAUUAAGGAGACCAAGAAUGUGCCGUUCCUGAAGCUCUUCUCCUUCGCUGACAACUGGGACUACGCGCUGAUGGCCUUCGGCUCCCUCGGCGCCUGCGUCCACGGCGCCUCCGUCCCCGUCUUCUUCAUCUUCUUCGGCAAACUCAUCAACAUCAUCGGCCUCGCCGUCCUCUUCCCCACCUCCGUCUCCCAUCGCGUCGCCAUGUACUCGUUGGACUUCGUGUAUCUGGGCAUUGCGAUCUUGUUCUCUUCAUGGGCAGAGGUGGCGUGUUGGAUGCACACCGGCGAGAGACAGGCGGCGAAGAUGAGGCUGGCUUAUCUCCGGUCCAUGCUGGAGCAGGACAUUGCUCUGUUCGACACGGAGGCGUCCACCGGCGAAGUCAUCGCCGCCAUCACCAGCGACAUCAUCGUCGUGCAGGAUGCCAUCUCCGAGAAGGUUGGGAACUUCAUGCACUAUAUCAGCAGAUUCAUCGCCGGUUUCGCAAUUGGUUUUGCCAGCGUCUGGCAGAUCAGUCUCGUCACACUGUCCAUAGUGCCACUGAUAGCCAUUGCCGGUGGAAUCUACGCAUACAUUGCCACCGGUCUCAUUGCUCGAGUCAGAAAAUCGUAUGUCAAGGCUGGAGAAAUAGCUGAGGAGGUGAUUGGUAAUGUACGAACAGUGCAGGCGUUUGUAGGGGAGGAGAAGGCUGUUAAGUUGUAUAGAAGUGCGUUGAUCAAUACUUACAAGUACGGGAGGAAGGGUGGGUUGGCUAAGGGACUUGGCCUUGGUUCCAUGCACUGCGUUCUCUUGCUCUCCUGGGCUUUGCUAGUGUGGUUCACUAGUAUUGUCGUCCAUAAGAACAUAACAAAUGGAGGAGAAUCCUUCACCACCAUGCUCAAUGUUGUUAUUGCCGGACUAUCUUUAGGCCUGGCAGCACCCAAUAUUUCCACAUUUUUGAGAGCUAGGACUGCAGCAUACUCCAUUUUUGAGAUGAUCGAGAGAAACACAGUCAACAAAGUGAGUGCCAAGACAGGGCGCAAGCUUCACAGCGUGAACGGGCACAUCAAGUUUGCGAAUGUUCAGUUCAGUUAUCCAUCACGUCCUGAUGUUCUCAUCUUUAGUGGAUUUAAUCUAGACAUACCAUCCGGGAAGAUUGUUGCACUAGUCGGUGGGAGUGGUUCAGGAAAGAGCACAGUCAUUUCAUUGAUCGAGCGGUUCUAUGAGCCCCUCUCUGGGGAGAUCUUGUUGGAUGGGCAUAACAUCAAGGACUUAGAUCUCAGGUGGCUCAGGCAGCAAAUUGGAUUGGUUAAUCAGGAGCCUGCCCUUUUCGCAACAAGCAUCCGAGAGAACAUACUGUAUGGAAAGGAUGAUGCUUCUCUCGACGAGAUAACACAUGCUGCAAAGCUCUCAGAGGCCAUUAAUUUCAUCAACCAACUACCUGAACGAUAUGAUACACAGGUCGGUGAGCGAGGGAUCCAGUUGUCAGGUGGGCAGAAGCAGAGAAUUGCAAUAUCGAGAGCUAUUCUGAAGAACCCAUCUAUCCUUCUCCUCGACGAGGCCACAAGUGCACUCGAUGCAGAAUCUGAGAAGAGUGUGCAGGAGGCUCUUGACAGGGUCAUGAUAGGCCGAACUACCAUAGUUGUGGCUCAUAGGCUUUCCACGAUCAGGAAUGCAGACAUCAUUGCCGUCGUGCAGGGUGGAAAGAUCGUGGAGACUGGGACUCAUGAGCAGCUCAUAGUUGAACCCAGCAGUGUCUAUGCAUCACUUAUCAAGCUCCAAGAGUCAGCUUCUCAGCAUCGACCAUUGUUAGCCGACGGCGCGACUAUGGGACGUCCUCUAAGUAUAAAAUAUUCUAGAGAGCUAUCUGGGGGACACACAAGCUUUGGAACUAGCUUCAGAUCUGAUAAAGAAUCUGUUACCCGUUACGGCCCGGAAGGAAAUGAUCUAACAAAAACAAAGGCUGUGUCUAUGAAAAAAAUGUAUUCCAUGGUUAGUCCUGAUUGGAUGUUUGGAUUGUUUGGCACUAUAGGCGCUUUUGUUGCUGGUGCCCAAAUGCCGUUGUUUGCACUUGGAGUUACUCAAGCUCUGGUUUCCUACUACAUGGGCUGGGAGGUCACACAGAGAGAGAUUAAGAAGAUUGCACUGUUGUUUUGUGGUGGAUCUGUUGUCACUGUCAUUUUUCAUGUUAUUGAGCACCUCAACUUUGGCAUCAUGGGUGAAAGGCUAACUCUUCGAGUGAGAGAGCGAAUGUUUGGAGCAAUACUAAGAAAUGAGAUUGGUUGGUUUGAUGAUGUGAGCAAUACCAGUGCUAUGUUGUCAUCUCGGCUCGAGACAGAUGCUACUCUGCUGCGAACCAUAGUUGUGGAUCGUUCAACAAUCCUCUUGCAGAAUGUUGGAAUGUUAGUGACCUCACUGAUCAUCGCCUUCAUAUUGAAUUGGCGUGUGACUCUAGUGGUUUUAGCCACUUAUCCUUUGAUGGUCAGUGGGCACAUCAGUGAGAAGUUAUUCAUGAGGGGAUAUGGAGGAAAUUUAAACAAGAGUUACCUCAAAGCAAACAUGCUUGCCGCUGAGGCUGUGAGCAAUAUUCGCACGGUGGCUGCCUUCUGCUCGGAACAAAAAGUUAUUGACCUCUAUUUGAAUGAGUUAAAGGAGCCAUCCAAAAGAUCUUUCCGACGUGGGCAAGCUGCCGGCAUCUUCUUCGGCGUUUCACAGUUCUUCCUGUUCGCCUCUUAUGGGCUUGCUCUGUGGUAUGGGUCAGUCCUGAUGGGCAAAGGGCUUGCCAGCUUCAAGUCGGUGAUGAAAUCAUUCAUGGUGCUCAUAGUGACUGCAUUAGCCAUGGGAGAGACUUUGGCUCUGGCCCCAGACAUCAUCAGGGGGAAUCAAAUGGUAGCUUCUGUUUUUGAGUUGCUGGACAGAAAGACCGAGGUGCCAUCAGACGUCGGAGAGGAUGUGGGAAAGGUCGAAGGAGCCAUCGAAAUGAAGGGAGUCCAAUUCUGUUAUCCUUCAAGGCCAGAUGUCGUAAUCUUCCGGGGGUUCGAUCUGAGAGUCAAGGCUGGCAAAAGCAUGGCACUGGUCGGGAUGAGUGGAUCAGGCAAGAGCACGGUGCUGGCUCUGAUACUGCGAUUCUACGAAGCAACCGCAGGAAAAAUUUUGAUCGAUGGCAAAGAUAUAAAGAAACUCAAGCUGAAAGAGCUCAGGAAGCACAUCGGACUAGUUCAACAAGAACCAGUACUCUUCGCGACGACGAUCCGCGAGAACAUCCUCUACGGUAAGGACGGCGCCACUGAAGCAGAGAUUGUUGAGGCCUCGAAACUCGCGAAUGCCCACGCCUUCAUCAGUGCCCUCCCAGAUGGCUACUCGACCAAGGUCGGUGAGCGAGGAAUCCAACUGUCCGGUGGCCAGAGGCAGCGCAUUGCGAUCGCCCGAGCCAUCAUAAAGAAUCCUGCCAUCUUGCUGCUCGACGAGGCUACGAGCGCGCUCGACGUUGAGUCAGAGCGCGUGGUCCAGCACGCGCUGGACAGAGUAAUGAAGAGCCGCACCACGAUCAUGGUGGCGCACCGGCUUUCCACCAUCCGCAACGCGGAUGUGAUCUCGGUGCUGGAAGAUGGCAAGAUCAUUGAGCAAGGGAGCCAUUCCUCUCUGGUCGAGAAGAAGGAUGGGGCAUACUUCAAGCUGAUUAGCUUGCAGCAGCAGAAGCAGUAGCAGUUGCAGUUGCAGUUGCAGUUGCAGCGAAGCCAGCGAGAUCGUCAAACAAAGUAAUAAGAAAGUUUGUAGUGCAGGAUUAAAUUUGAUCGAGACGCAACGCUGUGAGGGCAUUGCGCACCGAACCACAGCAAAAAAAAAAAUGUGAUCAGUGAGCGUGAUUAUAUUUAAUUUGUGUCAAAUUAAUACUAUAUAUUGUCUAUAUAAAAGGAUAGCUGUAACCUGAUAUUAACAUUUCGAUGCGAUUGUUAUGUGGUGAAAUAGAUCAUAUUGAUCAUUAUGUUCUCAUAGUAA